GCGGCCGCCCUGCGCGCGAAGCUCGUGGCCCAAGGGGUGCGGUCGGCCCAGUGGAGGCGGGGCCCUGGGUGAAUUUCUCUCUUUUCAUAGGCUGGCCGAUCCGGCCCGGCCGGCGAUGGAGUCUUAGGAUUCGCGGCAGCGCUGUCAGUCAGACUCGCAGAGCCCGCCUACCCAGAGUUGGGUGAAAUAGAGGCGGGCGUCAAGUGUCAGUAGUCGCGGGGCAGGUACGCGCGCUCGCAGCUCGCUCUUGGAAAUCGGCGGUGGCGGGAGCGGGCUCCAGCGACUGAGAGAGCGCGGUGGGGCGGGGCGGGAGAAAGUGGCUGCCUGGAGGACAUUGGCGUUUACGCGUGGCAGAGCGGAAGAGUUUUGCUUUUCGUGGGCGCCUUCGAAAACUGUGCCUGCUGUUGACCGAGGGGUCUGCCCGGAGCCUCCCCUCCUCCGCCCGCGGCCCCGCGCCGAGCUCGCCGGCCCGAGCCAAGGUGGGCCAGGUGGGAAACGCGCCUGACCCACGUACCGCAGCCGGAGCCGCUCCCCGAGUGUCCAUGGCUACGCGGGUGCUGACCAUGAGCGCCCGCCUGGGACCUGUGCCCCAGCCGCCGGCCCCGCAGGACGAGCCCGUGUUCGCGCAGCUCAAGCCGGUGCUGGGCGCCGCGAACCCAGCCCGCGAUGCGGCGCUCUUCCCGGGCGAGGAGCUGAAGCACCCUCACCACCACCCACAGGCGCAGCCAGCGCCCCCGCAGCCCCCGCAGCCGGCGCCGCCUCCCGCCGCCGGCCCGCGGCUGCCUCCAGAGGAGCUGGUCCAGACAAGAUGUGAAAUGGAGAAGUAUCUGACACCUCAGCUUCCUCCAGUUCCAAUUAUUCCAGAGCAUAAAAAGUAUAGACGAGACAGUGCCUCAGUCGUAGACCAGUUCUUCACUGACAGUGAAGGGUUACCUUACAGCAUCAACAUGAACGUCUUCCUCCCUGACAUCACCCACCUGAGAACUGGCCUCUACAAAUCCCAGAGACCGUGCGUAACAUACAUCAAGACAGAACCUGUUACCAUUUUCAGCCACCAAAGUGAAACGACUGCCCCUCCUCCUCCUCCGGCCCCAACCCAGGCCCUCCCUGAGUUCACCAGUAUAUUCAGCUCCCACCAGACCUCAGCUCCAGAGGUGAACAAUAUUUUCAUCAAACAAGAACUUACUACACCAGAUCUUCAUCUUUCUGUCCCUCCCCAGCAGGGCCACCUGUACCAGCUACUGAAUACACCGGAUCUAGACAUGCCCAGUUCUACAAACCAGACAGCAGUAAUGGACACCCUUAAUGUUUCUAUGUCAGCCGCCAUGGCAGGCCUUGACACACACACCUCUGCUGUUCCGCAGACUUCAAUGAAACAAUUCCAGGGCAUGCCCCCUUGCACAUACACUAUGCCAAGUCAGUUUCUUCCACAGCAGGCCACUUACUUUCCCCCAUCACCACCAAGCUCAGAGCCUGGAAGUCCCGAUAGACAAGCAGAGAUGCUCCAGAAUUUAACCCCACCUCCAUCCUAUGCUGCUACAAUCGCUUCCAAACUGGCAAUUCACAAUCCAAAUUUACCUGCCACUCUGCCAGUUAAUACGCAAAAUAUCCAACCUGUCAGAUACAACAGAAGGAGUAACCCCGAUCUGGAGAAACGCCGCAUCCACUACUGCGAUUAUCCUGGUUGCACAAAAGUUUAUACGAAGUCUUCUCAUUUAAAAGCUCACCUGAGGACUCAUACUGGUGAAAAGCCCUACAAGUGCACCUGGGAGGGCUGCGACUGGAGGUUCGCACGAUCAGAUGAGCUGACCCGCCACUACCGGAAGCACACGGGCGCCAAGCCGUUCCAGUGCGGGGUGUGCAACCGCAGCUUCUCGCGCUCGGACCACCUGGCCCUGCACAUGAAGAGGCACCAGAACUGAGCCCCAGCGCCACGCUCUCCGCCGCGCGCGCCGCAGUCGGUUCCGCAACCUUUAAACUACAAACUUUAUUAUUCAUAUAUAUAUAAAAAAAGAGAAAGAAAGAAAAGAAAAAAGAAAGAAAGAAAAGAAAAGAAAAAAAACUGGAAAUGUAUAUUUUGUAUAUUUGAGAAAACAGGGAAUACAUUGUAUUAAUACCAAAGUGUUUGGUCAUUUUAAGAAUCUGGAAUGCUUGCUGUGAUGCACACGGCUUUACUCAAGCAGAUUUCAUCUCAUGACAGGCAGCCACGUCUGGCCCGGGUGGGGGUGGAGGGGGGUGCGGCACCAUCGUUUAACGUGACAGUGGUCAGUGAACAAAUCACUCGGCAGGUACUGGGAAGAAGGAUGGCUUGUAUGUCAAGAUUUUACUUGACGGACAUCGUUUUUGUCAUUAUUAGGUGAUCCCUUAGAGGUACGCACUGUACCUGGCAAUUCACUAAUAGCCAUUGAACAAAUGUGUGUGUUUUUUUUUUUUUAAAUGAGUUGCCUAUAUUUGCUAUUCAAAAUUUUGUAAAUAUGCAAAUCAGCUUUAUAGGUUUAUUACAAGUUUUUUAGGAUUCUUUUUGGGAAAAAAAAAUCAAACUUCUUUUGAAAAUAACCGUAAAUACAUUUACAGUUAGAAUUUGUGAUAAACAUACCUCUCAAAACGUUACCAAAUUCAUUUCUUAGGGGGGAAGGAAUAAUCAUUCAAAUGAACUUUUAGGAAAAGCAAAUUUCAUGCACUGAUUAAAAUAGGAUUGUUUAUUUUAAAUACAAAAGAUGUUUUUUAUGAAUUAUAAACUGAAGAGCUUAAAGAUAGUUACAAAUAUACGAAAGUGGAACCUCUUAAAAUAAGCUAAACAGUAUCAUUUUUUAAAGGAAGGACUUAAUGUAGUUUUCACAUGGCGAUGUUGAAUUUAUGAUGCAGUUUUCACGUAUGGAAACGUUGAAUUUAUGAUGCAGUUUUCAUAUACCAAGGUGUUUGCUCGUGCAGUACUGUUGGUUAAAUGACAAUUUAUGUGGAUUUUGCAUGUAAUAUACAGUGAGACACAGUAAUUUUAUCGAAAUUACAGUGCAGUUUAGUUAAUCAGUUGUUAAUACUGACUCAGUGUCUGCCUUUAAAUAUCAAUGAUAUGUUGAAAACUUAAGGAAGCAAGUGCUACAUAUAUGCAAUAUAAAAUAGUAAUGUGAUGCUGAUGCUGUUAACCAAAGGGCAGAAUAAUAAGCAAAAUGCCAAAAGGGGUCUUAAUUGAAAUGAAAUUUUAAUUUUGUUUUUAAAAUAUUGUUUAUCUUUAUUUAUUUUGUGGUAAUAUAGUAAGUUUUUUUUAGAAGACAAUUUUCAUAACUUGAUAAGUUAUAGUUUUGUUUGUUAGAAAAGUUGCUCUUAACAUGUAAAUAGAUGACAAACGGUGUAAAUAAUUUUGUAAGAGGCUUCAAAAUGUUUAUACGUGGAGACAUACCUACAUGAAAAGCAUAAAUCAGUUGCUGUUUUGCUUCUUUUUCCCUCUUAUUUUUGUAUUGUGGUCAUUUCCUAUGCAAAUAAUGGAGCAAACAGCUGUAUAGUUGUAGAAUUUUUUGAGAGAAUGAAAUGUUUAUAUAUUAACGACAAUUUUUUUUGGAAAAUAAAAAGUGCCUAAAAUAU